AUGCUGUCCAACUCGAGAGAGACACGGCCGAUAUCGGCUUUGAUCUCUGUUUCGUCCAUCGCCGACCUCACGCUCUCUGGCGACACAGAGGAUGUCACAGGCAUGAAAGGACGUAUCCGACUAACUCGCGAUGAUGGAGCCAGGGGUGGUCGGUGGAUGGAUCAGUCCCGAAAGCAGGUGCAGGCAUACGACUAUCUAUGUCACAUUGGUGAAGCAAAAGAAUGGAUCGAGGCUUGUAUCUGCGAGGAGAUCGACGCCAUCACGACCUUGGAGGAGAGUCUUCGGAAUGGUGUUGUUCUGGCCAAGCUAGCCCGGUACUUCGACCCACCCUCAGUCAGAAAGAUCUUCGAGCACCCUGUCCUCCAGUACAAACACUCGGACAACAUCAAUUGCCUUUUCAAAGCCAUGCGCAAACUAAAGCUUCCAGAGAUCUUCAUUUUUGAGCUCACAGAUCUCUAUGACAAAAAAAACAUCCCCAAGGUCAUCUAUUGCAUCCACGCGCUCAGUCAUAUGCUCGCAACUCGAGGUAUGGCUCCCAACAUCAAAAACCUGGUCGGAGAGCUCCAGUUCACCGAUGCUGAGAUUCACGCAACCCGUCAGGGGCUGGACGCUGCAGGUAUCUCGAUGCCCAGUUUCGGCAACAUUGGAUCCGCUCUUGCCAAGGAACUCAAAGGACCUGUCGAGAGUGGUGUUGCCAGACAGACUAUUAUUGAGGAGGAGGAACCUGAACCAUUGGAAGAAAUAAUUGAACCAGAACCUGAGACUUUGCUUUCGAACCAAGAACUGCGGGACCUCUUCUGGGGCAACAACACGGAUUCGAUUGUGCGCUGCCAACAACUUCUCCGGGGGGCAUUGGAACGCAAGAGGUUCUUGGCCCGCCGCAACCUUCAUUAUGACAUGGAGGAGUUCUUGAUCACUCUCCAGGCCCAGGGACGUGGGGAGUUGGCAAGACGACGCUAUAGAGCGCGACUGGAUGAACUAUACGAAUUCGAACCAGAAGUCGUCAAAAUUCAAGCCCACAUGCGGGGAUUCUUGCAGCGGAAAAAAAUUGCAGAGAGACAACAGUUCUAUAGAGACAACAUGGAGAGCAUCGUCAAGGUGCAAAGUGUCUUCCGAGCCAAGGCAGCAGGAGACGCCUACCGCAGCCUGACCACGGGAGCAAACCCGCCCAUCUCGACACUCAAGACAUUUUUGCACCUCUUGAACGACAGCGAUUUCGACUUUGAGGAAGAACUGGAGCUUGAGAACCGGCGUCAGAGUGUUGUCCGUCGCAUCCGUGAGAACACCCAAUCAGAUGCCCAGUUGAACGAACUCGAUAUCAAAAUUGCGCUUCUGGUUCAGAACCACAUCACCCUCGACGAGGUCCUCAAGACGACCUCGUCCCUCACCAAGAAGAAGCAGCAACGCCGUAUGUCGAUGCCCAUCUCUGCGACCAGCAACCCCUUCACCCUCAAGUCGUUGGACCGGGAGAGUCGCGAUCGGCUGGUCCUCUACCAGCAGCUGUUCUAUCUGUUGCAGACCCAGCCUACCUACUUCAGUAAGCUGUUCUUCAUGAUGUCCAAGACGGGGCUCUUCUCGGACAGGAUCAAGAAGCAGAUUGAGGGUGUUGUCUUGACCCUCUUUGGAUAUGCCCAGAACUCGCGCGAGGAAUACCUAUUGCUCAAGCUGUUCAAGCAAUCGAUCUUUGAGGAAGUGGAGCAGAUCUUGAACGUGAACGACUUUAUGCGAGGCAACUUCAUGUUUGUCAAGAUGGUCAUGAUCUACGUUCGUGGGGCCAAGGAGCGUCGCUACCUCCGUGAUCUCUUGGGACCACUUGUCCGACAGGUCCUCGAGGACGACUUUUUGGACUUGGAGAGUGAUCCUCUCAUGAUCUACAAAGCCAGUAUCAAUAACGAGGAAUUGCGAACCGGUCGCCCUUCAGAUCGCCCAUUGCACAUCGACCACACCGAAGCCCUGAACGACCCCGAAACCCGUACGACGUUUAUCCGUCACUUGCAGGAACUCCGUCUUCGCACAGAGAUGUUCUUGGAUGCCAUCUUGGAGAGUUUGCCCAGGAUGCCCUAUGGUAUCCGUUACAUUGCCAAGGAGGUCGGAAACGCCCUCCGGUCAAAGUUCCCUCAUGAGUCCGAGGAGAGCAUCACCAAGGCUGUUGGUAACCUGAUCUAUUACCGAUACCUCAACCCCGCCAUCGUUGCGCCAGAAGGUUUCGAUGUUAUUGAGGGAGUUGUGAGCCCCAUGCAGCGAAAGAACUUGGCUGAGAUCUCCAAGAUGCUGAACCAGAUCUCCGUCGGAAAGCUGUUUGCAGACGACAAUGUCUACCUGAAGCCCCUCAACGAAUAUGUUGGCUACGCUGGUCUCCGUUUCGCCAAGUACUUCAAGAACGUUGUGGAGGUUGCGGAGCCAGAGAUGCAGUUUGAGGUGAACCAGUAUAUCGACCAGGUGAACACCAUCCGCCCAACAGUCUACAUGUCCCCCUUCGAGAUCUUCACCAUGCACGCCAUGUUGAUCGACAAGAUCGACAUCCUCGCACCCGAACUGGACGACCCUCUCCGCGUGAUCCUCUCCGAACUCAACAACCCACCCUCGGGCUUUGAAGAACACUCGCAGGGUCAUGGCGAAGUCUGUCUCACUCUCCAGAACCGAUUCACGGCCAACUUGGACGAUCCCGAUAUGGACCUCAAGCACCUCUUUGUCGAGACCAAGCGGUACAUUCUGAGCAUCAUCCGUAUCCAGUCUGGUCGCAACUUGAUGGAGAUUCUUGAACGCCGCGUGACGGUCCAUGAGGAGCAGGCCUGGGAAGACCUCAAGGCGACAGAGAUGAAGAGACAGCGGCAACAUCAUCAGCGGCGGCUUGAGAAUGGGUCCGAGUCGUCGUUGAACGAGUCAAGUCAGUGGCGGUCUGCGUCGGGUCCCAAUAUGGUUGAUAUGAACGCGAUGCGGUUUAUCGAACUCAAACAACGCGCCAUUGACGGGAUCCUGCAGUUGGAAUCGACGGGCAAGGUCACCAGGAAGAACGGGUACCAGGACAUGAUCAACGCGAUCGCGGUCGAUAUCCGGACAAAGCACCGUCGUCGGAUCCAACGUGAGGUAGAACUGGCUCAAGUCAAGCAGACCCUGUCCAACCUUAACGAGAAGAGGCAUUUCUUGGAGAGCCAGAUCAAGUCCUACCACGACUAUGUCGAGUCCUGCAUGACAAAUAUCACCACCAAGAAGGGCAAGAAGCAACGCUACAUCAUGCCCUUCACCAAACAAUACUUCCAUAUUCGAAACCUCCAACGCCACGGAAAAGUCCCGCAAUUCGGAUCUUUCAAGUAUACUGCCCAGCGGUUGUUUGAGAAGGGUGUCCUGUUGAACCUCGACGGUGUUAGUCCCAAGCAAUACUCUCAAAUCUCAUUGACAAUCUCCUGUGACGAGCCUGGGCUGUUCCAGAUCGAGGCUGAGACGUCGAUUAUGAUGGUUCGUUUGCCUGUGUCGACAAUGGAGUUGCGACUGGAGGAUCUGUUACAGUGCCAGUUCAACAAUAUCCAGAUCAUGAGCCUCUUUGAUGAUAUGGCCAAGGUGAACGUCAACCUGCUCCUCUUCCUUGUCAACAAGAAGUUCUACAUCUAG